AUGGGGGAGCAGCUCUUUGCCCUAGUACCAGCCUCAGGAGAGGUGGGCAGCAUAUCCCCCGUGGCUGACAGCACCAAUGAUGAGCUGCCCCUGGACCUGGGUAUAUGCCAGGCCUUCCUCACCACUGUGACCAGCCAGCCGGAGCCUCCCUCUCCUACUGACAGGACCACCACCUCCAAGGGCAGCCAUGGCUCAGGCAGCCAGGUGCCACAGGUGACAACCAGAAAGCUGGUCCCAGCCAGAAACAGUGGUGAACAGGAGGUCAUACCAGAGCUGGAGGAGGCCACCUCACCUCUCUCCACAGCAGCCAGCAUCUCUCAGGACAUAGUCAACUCUGCAAAGCUGGCAACAGCCUCGGCCAGGCCCACUGUUGGUUUCCCCAAGGCUGCCCCCUACAUAGCCACGGAGGGAGCCAGGGUGGCAGCACCACCGCCUGCAGAUCUCUCAAAGGCUGCACUGCAAGAUGAGGCACCCUCGGGAGCAGAGACACAGUCACCCAGCGCUGCACCAGCCAGAAUCCCUGUGGCAUCAGAAGCAGAUGUCUCCCCUCUCCUGGAAGGCAGUGUCACUGCAGGGACGAUUGUGAGGGUGUCCUCGUUCAGCAUCCCCCACGAGACAGAAGUGGGGAUGUCCCUACUGUCCCUGGCCAUCUCACCACCAACGGAUGCUUCAGGUGACCCUCUCCUCGAGGGCAGCACCAGAGGGCAAGCAGCGGGGACAGCGCCAUUGGAGGUGGACGCGGAGAAGAAUCCAGGUACCGAUGCAGUGGGGGCAGGUCCCAACCAUGUAAUUGUCAGCACCAGGCCAACACCAGAACCAGCUCCCCGAGGGACUGAUGCUUCUGAAACCAGGCCCCAAGCCGAUUUGCUGGCUCCCAGGAACAGCCACUCAGCCCCACUAGCGAUGGCUAACUCUAGCCCAGCACUGGCCACGGCCAGCCCCUUCCCCAGUGCCACCUCUGGGAAGACACCUCGGCCAGUGACAUCACUGCCUCCCGAAAACGCAGCUGUGCAGCCAGCUGCCACGCCAGCUGCCAGCAUGUUCUCCAGUAACACUAUCCCACCAGUCACAUCAGCCAGUGAGGAGACUUCCAUGGUCACCAGUGCCACCACAGCCAUGCUAUCUACCAUGGUGAAGGCCACCAUCACCAGCAGCGUCCUGUCCCUCACUGUAAUGCACGACAAGGCAGGUGGAGGCAGACAACCUCUCCCAUCACCAGUAUCAGGUACCACCUUGGUGGAUACAACUGCUGAGUCCUGGGGCAUCCCUGGUCCCAGCCCUGCCACCACAAAGCCUAUCUCACCCCUACACAGCCCAGCGGAGAAGCCUACAACAGCCUCCUCAUCCCUGCUGGACGUUAGUGCAACCGGGCAGCCGGCAGAUGGACAGACGGACGCUGAGCUGGCAGCAGGAGCCACUCCUACAGCCGCCAGCCGCCACGCCGUGACACCGGCAGCAAGCACCUCAGCUCCCAGCCUCUGGACGGCGACAGGGUCACCUGCCAGGAGAGAGAGAACGGCCACCACUGCAGGCAGUGCUGCAGCUGUCACUGCAGGCAGUGCUGCAGCUGUCACUGCAGACCGCACCACCGCCAGCACUGCAGGGAGCAUCAUGGCUAUCACUGCAGGCAGCACUGUGGGGAGCAUCAUGGCUGUCACUGCAAGCAGCACCACUGCAAGCAGCACUGCAGGGAGCAUCAUGGCCAACACUGCAGCCAGCACCACUGCAAGCAGCACCACCGACAGCACUGCAAGCAGCACUGCAGGGAGCAUUAUGGCUGUCACUGCAGGCAGCACCACCGACAGCACUUCAAGCAGCACUGCAGGGAGCACCACAGCCAUCAGCGCAGGCAGCACUACAGGGAGCAUCAUGGCCAACCCUGCAAGCAGCACCACUGCCAGCACUGCAAAGAGUAUCAUGGCUGUCACUGCAGGCAACACUGCAAGCAGCACUGCAGGGAGCAUCAUGGCUGUCACCGCAGGCAGCACCAUGGCCAGCACUGAAGGCAGCACUGCAAGGAGCAUCAUGGCUGUCACUGCAAGCAGCACCGCAGGGAGCACCACAGCUAUCAGUGCAAGCAGCACUGCAAGGAGCAUCAUGGCUGUCACUGCAGGCAGCACCACAGCCAACACUGCAAGCAGCACUGCAGGGAGCAUCAUGGCUGUCACUGCAGGCAGCACCACAGCCAGCACUACAGGGAGCACCAUGGCUGUCACUGCAAGCAGCACCACUGACAGCACUGCAAGCAGCACUGCAGGGAGCAUCAUGGCUGUCACUGCAGGCAGCACCACAGCCAGCACUGCAAGCAGCACUGCAGGGAGCAUCAUGGCUGUCACUGCAGGCAGCACUACAGCCAGCACUACAGGGAGUACCAUGGCUGUCACUGCAAGCAGCACCACUGACAGCACUGCAAGCAGCACUGCAGGGAGCACCACAGCUGUCAGUGCAAGCAGCACUGCAAGGAGCAUCAUGGGUGUCACUGCAAGCAGCACCACUGUAAGCAGCACUGCAGGGAGCACCACAGCUGUCAGUGCAAGCAGCACUGCAGGGAGCAUCAUGGCUGUCACUGCAGGCAGCACUGCAGGGAGCAUCAAGGUUGUCACUGCAAGCAGCACCACUGCAAGCAGCACCACUGCAAGCAGCACCACUGCAAGCAGCACCACUGCAAGCAGCAGCACUGCAAGCAGCACUGCAGGGAGCACCACGGCCAACACUGCAGGCAGCAAUGCAGGAAGCAUCAUGGCUGUUGCUGCAGGCAGCACCACUGCCAGAACUGCAGCCAGAGCCACAGCUGUCACUGUGGGCACCAUUACAGCCAGCAAUGCAGCUGUCACUGCAGGCAGCACUACAGCUGUUGCACCACCCACAGCCCAACUAAGUCCAGCUAAGGAAGUGGAAGGUCUGGCCACAGUCACCAUGACACCAGGGAGACUACCUAUGAACACCAGCCCUGCCACCACCCUGACUCCUACCUUUGGAACAUGGAGAGGACUGGCCACAGCACCAAGCACAUCUGCCCACACCACCACUGGCCACAGAAAUCCUGUCCCUGAACCCCCACCCACUCAUGGGCUUCUCAUGCCAGCAGCCUCGCUCUACCCCUUUGGUGCAGAGGAAGGAGACCGAGAGUGCGUGCAGAGGACGGUGGACUUCAACUGCCCCCUGCUCAUGCCAGAGAUUGGGUUCCCCUUCGGGAAGUCGCUGCGGGACGUUCUUUACUUUACAGAUAAUGGACAGAUCAUUUUCCCACCCACGGAGAACUACGUUCCCUCCAACCCCAACCCACCUCCCCAGGGCUUCAGUGGCCAAGAGGCUUUGCCGAUGGUGGCUGCUUUUUGGGAUGAUGCGGAUUUCUCCCAGGGUGUCGGCACCACUUGGUACCAGGAAUACUCCACCAUCAGCUCUACCCGAGACCCACUUGUCCAUAACGUGGAAGGACAGAUUGAGAAAUACCUAAAAACCCCUUAUGAAGCAAAAUGGACCUUGAAAGUGACUUGGGAAAAGGCUCCAGCAUACCCAUCGUGGUGGAAUGACACUCAGACAAACACUUACCAGGCAAUCCUCACCACUGACGGGAACCGUUCCUUCGCCCUGUUGCUCUACCAGGACGGUGGGAUGAAGUGGGACUACACCAAGCUGGCUGCGGGCAGUGCGCUGAUCGGCUUCUCCAGCGGUGAUGGCUAUGCCCGAAAUAACGAGCUGAUUCAAAAGCCACCAGCUGACAAGUACCGCCCUGACCAGCACAGCAGUGCCGGCUCUGGCGUGCGCGGGCUGUGGCUAUACCGACUGGACCGGAGCUCCCGGGUGAAUUACAGGCUGCGGUGCCUGGCAUGGCUGGACACAGAGCCGGAGCCGGGCACCUGGAACGGCCACCUGCCGCCGUGCCCCUGCUCCCAGCCCCAGGCAGAGCUGGACCCUCGCUUCCGCCGGAGCGCAGGCCUGGCAGUCGCCUCCGUGAAAAUGCUGCGUACUGUGUCCCCCAGCCCUGCCGGAGCCGGGGUGCGGUGCCUCUACCAGAAUGGGAGCUUGCUCGAAGGCUGGCAGGAGAGAGCGUGGAGCCUCCCCAUCCACCCCACCGCCGACAGAGAGCUGGAGGCCUUCAGCUGGUGCUGCCAACGUGUGAGGAAGCCUCAGUUCUGCACCAGGUUUGCUGAGAAGAGACCAAGAGUUGGCUGCGAGGGAUAUGUGCCACCUGCCCCCACUGGUGCCUUUGGGGACCCCCACAUCAUGACCUUGGAUGGACUCGCCUACACCUUCAAUGGUCUGGGGGACUUUGUCCUGCUGCUGGCCAGUGAUGCCCAGAGCAGCUUCGUGCUGCAAGGGCGCACAGCCCGAACUGGUAUGGCCCAGGCCACCAACUUUGUGGCCUUUGCUGCCCAGUACAUCUCUACCACCACAACCACAGCUGAGUGGACCUUGGGGAGCCAGGAUGACAUCCAGGUUCUCCUGAACAACAAAACCAUCCAGUUUUCCUAUUCUCAAGACAUGGAUGCUGAGGUGUACUACAGCCCUGGCAUCCUGCUGGUCAACUCCUCCUCCUCCUUCAUGGCUGUCUUUGAUGGAGCCAUUGCCAUCUCCAUCUCGGCCACCUCCAGGAUCCUCAGCGUGGUCUGCAGCCUGUCCAAUCAGUAUCACAACAGCACCAAGGGCCUCCUAGGUGUGUGGGACCAUGACCCCACAGACGAUUUCCAGAUGCCAAAUGGUACCAGCAUCCCUGUGAACAGCAGCGAGGAGGAGAUCUACAGCUAUGGGAUGACCUGGGCUGUAGGAGAGCACAGCCUAUUUUCUCAGCCUCUGGACUCUCUGGCAAUGAACUUCAGACCCAUCUUCAUGUCUCAGCUGCGGCAGGAGAACGAAAGCCAGUACCAGCUAGCAGCCUUGCAAUGCCGUGGCAGCAAGGAGUGCAUCUAUGAUUCACUGAGCACAGGGGAUGUGUCCCUGGGCCUGGCUACCCAAAGACUUACAGCUGACUUCCAGCAGAAGAAGAUGACACUUAAUGCCUUCCCGCCCAUCAUCACUGGUGAUGCAACUCUCACAGCCUUCAGGACAGAAAGAGUCAGGAGGCAGUACCAUGCCACAGGGGUGGGUGCACGCUUUGUCCCCCACCUCUCACCAGAGCUCAACAUAUCAGAGAGUGGCAUCUUGACGUGGGAGCCCCAUGGGACAGACCCGCUCACCAUCAACCUGGAGGCCAUUGGCUCCAACAACCUCUCUGCCCUCCUCCAGCUCCGCUUCACCCUUUGCAGCUGCAGCAGGAGCCAGGAGUGUGACUACAGCAACGCCGUCACCCUUGGGCAGUCCUCCCUGCAGCUGGCAGCCUGCAGGUGUGAGGAUGGCUACUCCGGCCCCUUCUGCCAGAACCCUCUGGACCCCUGCGCCCAGGGAUGCUUCCCUGGUGUGAGCUGCAGUUCGUACACCGGCUGUGGCCCCUGCCCAGCUGGCCUGACUGGUGACGGGCGGCACUGCUCAGAUAUUGACGAGUGCGCACAGGAGAUGGCAUGCCCAGGGAAUGCCACCUGCAUCAACACAGUGGGCAGCUACACUUGCACUUGCCCAGCUGAACAGGAAGGCAAAGGACCAGGCUGUGACUCAGCCUGCAGCUCCCACUCCUGCCCUGAUGGCUACUGCAGCAAUGGGGGACACUGCCUCCUGGAUCCCAUCACCUGCACCCCUACCUGUGCCUGCCCUCCAGCUUUCACUGACCAGCGAUGCCUGGUGGCAGGGGGGGAUUUUCAGCCACUGCCCAGCUCAGAUCUCCCGCUGAGAAGCGUCCAGCUGCGGGUCAGUACACUGCAAAAUGCCACUGCUGAGGAAGUCAACAGCAGUAUCUCAACCAUCCUGGACUCCCUGAAGGUAAAAGCUUUCCAGAGCAACACCAAUAUCACCAAGAUGACAGACAGCGACGACUUGACUUUCGUGGUGGUGUCUGAGUUCACCUACGGCAGCCGUGGCACUGUCAUCUGGUUCCUGAACGAGGAGCUGCCAGUGGCCAUCACCAGUGCCUUCAACAGGCAGCAGAGGCAGGGGGGGAUGGGUGCACCCCUCCUCUUCCAGCGCCUGUACCGGGACAACAUCACCGACCUGGUGAAGCUGACAGUGGCUGAGCUAAGGCGCUAUUUCCCCUGCGAUCUGUAUGGCUACAAAGGCUACCAGCUCCACUACGUGAGGACCAUUGGCUUCAUCUGUGUCUCUCCUUGCAAGACAGGCUACUGCCAACAUGGUGGCCAGUGCCAGCACCUGCCUGAGGGGCCCAGGUGCAGCUGCCUCCCCUUCUCCAUCUUCUCCCCUGCCGGCAGCCGGUGUGAGUGGCUGAUCAUCAGCCUUGGUGCCUGCCUUGGCAUCCUGCUGGGAGCCCUGGCUCUGCUCUGCCUCCUGCUCGCCACUGCCUUCCUGGCCCUGCGCCUCUGCCGCCGGCACCGCGGCCAGCACUGGAGGCACCAUCCCUGGAAUGCAGGGACCAAGGAGACCUUCUGGAGGCCACGGCCCUUCUCCUCUCUGACAAUGGCAAGAGAACAAGAAGAGCCUAUCCACCCCCACUUCCCAGAAAGGUGCUGGGAACCGUGGCUCCAGGCCAUUGACCCCUCAGUCCAGAUAAGGCUCCAGAGACCCCACAUCAGGUCCACAAGCCAGCCCUACCUGCAGCCCUAGCCUGAUACUGAUCCUGCCCCAGCACCUCUGUGCUCAUGGAAGAGCAUCUGCUGCUGCCAACCCCACUGCCCACUUUCAGACUUCAGCAACAGCACCCACGUGGAGGCAGGGAGUGGUAGCUGCCUUUUGGGGUCUGGUCUUUGCAGGAACGUUCCCUUUGCAGGAGGUGCUUUUUCUUUGAAUGAAAAAUGGGGGCUUUUGUUGAAUGGCCAAAGCAAGAGGAUUUCACCUUCCCUUGAGGAGCUGCAGAGUCACCUGGGAUAGUCCUUGUGUAUGCUUGCAGCACUGUCUGCCCUAGUGCAACAGGACAGGACCCAGCAGGCUCAGGUGGAGCAAUGCAGCUGUUCUAAUCUGUUAGGUACAAAAUAGAAUAAACUAAAAACUA